ACAGUCGAGAGAAGCAGCAAAGCGAAGUCAGACGUUACAAGUUACUGGAGAGGAGAAAGGCUCAGCUGCAGGAUGGCGGUGGAAGGGGGAAUGAAAUGUGUCAAGUUCCUUAUGUUCUUCUUCAACUUCGUGUUCUGGGUGUGCGGUAUUGCUCUGAUAGCAAUUGGGAUCUAUGUGCAAAUCCAGCUUAACCACACUCUCAUCAUGAAAAAUGCCGCAUCCUCUGGAGCUCCUAUAGUCGUCAUUGUAGUGGGUGUUGUCAUAUUCUUAAUUGCGUUCUUUGGAUGCUGUGGAGCACUAAAGGAGAACUACUGCAUGGUGACAACGUUUGCUGUUGUGCUGGUGCUGAUCUUCCUGGUUGAGAUUGCUGCUGCUAUUGCUGCCUAUGUUUACAAGGAUAAGCUGCGCACUGCAUUUGAAGACUCCUUUAAAAAUGGCAUGUCCAAAUACAAUACCACCAAGGACAUAACUGAGAGCAUUGACCUCUUGCAGAAAGAAUUUAAGUGCUGUGGUGCCUUCAACGCAACUGAUUGGAAGCAAUAUCCUCCCUUCAACGGUACAGAUGCGGUGCCGGAUUCCUGCUGUAAAACCAUCAUUGCAGGCUGUGGAAAGGAUCCUAGUGCAACUAUAAAUACUGAUGGCUGUGCAACCGGAAUAGACCAAUGGGUAAAGAAAAACAUAGGAAUUGUGGCUGGAGUGGCCCUGGGAAUUGCUUUGUUUGAGAUAUUGGGGAUCAUCUUUGCCUGCUGUUUAAUGAAGGGAAUAAGAAGUGGAUAUGAAGUCAUGUGAUCGGUCCAGAGUGGAUUUUGCCGUGAUAUUACUUGUGUUGCCUUAGUAAGGUGGGAAGUGGUAUGGACCAUAUCACGGCAGUUUUGACAUAAAUGGCACAUACCAUUUCCUACCUUAACAUGGGGAAUAAUGGCAUGUCACAACCUCUUUGUACUUAAUAUAAAUACUUUGAUAUCACCAGUUCAUUGUUUUUAUUUUUUAUAAAUAUCUUGUUCAAUGUGUUGAGCAGAAUCUGUAGUAUUUCUUAUUUUUGGAUUCCAUUAUGGUUUUUCUGACUCUGCACUUGUGUUCACACGUUUAAUGUCUAAAUUAGCAUUUUAUACCCCUUUAACAUAAUUGAAAAUUUAACAGACCUGUGAUUUUUGCCGUGAAAGGAAAACACAAUAAUCAAAAGGAAUUAAAAACAAACUACUCUUAAGGAUUUAAUCUCCUGGUUUAUUAGACUAUAUUUGGGUCAUACAGAACACUUGCUAGUUUACCUUGGUCACAUAGCAACCAAUCAUAAGUUAAUUUUCAUUAGUUAGUGAGAAUAAUGCUGGCAAAAAUAUCAUUGGUUGUCAUGGUUGCUAAGGGCAGAUUUUGCAUGUGUUCGUAUGUAAACCUGUGGAUUUCUGGAAUGCUUUGGGUUCACACUCUGACCUUGAAAUAAACCUAUAUUUAUUUUAGCCCAUGCUAUGUCAGAAACCCUGUGCAGUGAUUGCUGAUAUAAUUAGUACGUUUAUGUGCCUACCUGCUUUAACCCAAUCAGCCUGUGUUUCUCUGGGACCUAACUUGAUCUCUGUACAAGACAAAUGUGGGGUGGGAGAGCUGAAGAUAGAUGAUGAUCCUUUAGUGCCUUAAUGCAAUGUUGGCUUUUUGUAUUGAUGUGCAGUUCCAUUUCUAUAAAAAUAUGCAGCAUGUUAAUGGUCCGUGUUUGAUUCUAUGUAACGUGUGCCAUAUGUGUGAUGCCAGCGGUACGAUGCUUCUCCGUGCAACCAUUUUUCUCUGGUGUCUUCCGCCCUCAUAUUUGACUUGUUUUACAGUCAGGAAUUUGGAAAAGUUGACAUUUUUGUAAGAGCACAAAAAUUCAAAAGCCAAAAUAAAGCGAUGAAACGG